AUGUUUGUUGUUUUGAUCGUAACUAUUCCAAUCGUGAUUAUUAAAACCAAAACAGCAAAUAUAAUAAAACUAUCAACUGAGAAAACAGAAAUAACAACGCAUGAAUUUAUAACAACAACAGCAGAUAAUCCAACGAUAGAAGUACAAACCAAGCCAAAAUAUGACAAAUGGAAACAACAUGGAAUUACUAUUGUUGGAGGAAAUAGAAUUGGAGAUCAAUUAAAUCAACUCGCUUUUCCUACCGGGGCUUAUAUCGAUGAUAAGAAAGCCAUUUUGAUUGCUGAUUUUCAAAAUCAUCGUAUUGUUGAAUGGAAAUAUAAUUCGAACAGUGGUCAAAUCGUUGCAGGCGGCGGUGGACGAGGACAUAACCAGCAUCAACUUAAUAUGCCAACCGACGUAAUUGUUGAUGAAGAGAAGAAUGCGAUAAUCAUAUGUGAUUCUGGAAACAAUCGAGUAGUACGAUGGUUUCGUGAAAGUACAACAUAUCCAGAAACCAUCAUUGCUAAUAUUCACUGUGACGGUGUGGCAAUAGACAAAAAUGGGUCUAUUUAUGUUUCUGAUCGCACAAAGUCUGAAGUGAAACGAUGGAAAGAACGAGACAUAUCUGGAACACUAGUUGCAGGUGGAAAUGGCAAAGGAAAUCUUCGAAAUCAAUUCAAUAAUCCUGGCAAGAUCUUCGUCGAUGAAGAUUAUUCUGUUUAUGUAUUGGAUGAAGCAAAUCAUCGUGUAAUGAAAUGGAAAAAAGAUGCAAAAGAAGGAAUUGUUGUUGCCGGCGGAAAUGGAAGAGGAUUUGAUCUCAACCAAUUAACUUAUCCCAGUGGACUAGUUGUUGAUAAUUUGGGCCGAAUCAUUAUUGCAGACACUUGGAAUCAUCGGAUUAUACGAUGGUGUGAAGGAGAUACAAACGGUUCAAUUGUUCUUGGUGGAAAUGGCAAUGGAGGAAGUAAACCAAAUGAAUUGUAUUUACCCAAAGGUGUGUUAUUUGAUAUUGAAGGAAAUCUUUACGUUGUUGAUUGUAGUAAUCAUCGAAUUCAAAAAUAUGAACAAUGUAUUGAAUAA